GAUCGAAUAACCGAAAUGUGUUUACGUAAAUGUUUCAAGUUGACACUUUCAACGUGUAUAUUUGAAGCAGGCACUAGCGUAUACGUUUUCAUUGAAUUGGUGGUUGCGGCUUUACCUGAAAUUUAUGUGGAACAAAUUCUAGAAUUUGUAACUAAGCAAGUCAAUGUCAGUCAACAUGUUGAAUUCUACCUGAUUUGGGCCACGAAAAUACUUACCAUCCACGCAGGGAAAGAAAAUGUCUUUAAACAACAGUCCUUAAUAUCGAUUCAAGACAGUUUAACCCGAAAGUAUGAAGCACUAAGCAAGGUGUGUGACUUCAAUAAAUACACGUUAAAAGUGGUUCUAGGAAUGGAUGAUGGAAGUGAAUCAGAAAAUGACAGCGAUACCGUUGAUGAAAGUGAUAUCGAUGAUAACAAUUUAAUUUUGAUUAGGCCACACAUGAACGGAACUCAUGAUCACGACAUUGAAAUGCAAAUGCAAUUAGAUUCGUCUGACGAAAUGAGCACCGACGAAAAAUAAUUACCAUUAUUGCACUCCAUGCACAUUUUUUUGUUCCGUUUGUAAAAAGUUUUAAUCAAUAAAAAAAAUUAUCAUUUUUAAACUGAAA